AUGAUAUCUCCAUAUGACUAUUUAUUUAAAUAUAUAAUAAUUGGAGAUACAGCUGUUGGUAAAUCAUGUUUGUUAUUACAAUUUACAGAUCACAGGUUUAGGAUUGAUCAUGAUCUUACAAUUGGUGUUGAAUUUGGAGCUAGGGUUGUAAAUAUCGAUUCUAAACAAAUAAAGCUGCAAAUUUGGGACACAGCUGGUCAAGAAUCAUUCAGAAGUAUAACAAGAUCAUAUUAUAGAGGAGCAGCUGGAGCUCUGCUAGUAUAUGAUAUCUCUAGAAGAGAGACUUUUAACCACUUAGGAAGAUGGCUAAGCGAGGUCAAAAAAAAUGCAGCUCCUUAUAUGACAAUUAUGUUGAUUGGAAACAAGUCCGACUUAGAGAGAAGAGAAGUAACAACAGAAGAAGGGAGUCAGUUUGCUCAACAGAAUGGUCUAAUAUUUUUAGAAACUUCUGCAAAGACUGCCCACAAUGUUGAAGAAGCUUUUGUAAAAACAGCUGAAAAGAUUUACAAAAAUAUUUUAGAUGGUGUAUAUGAUCUGACAAAUGAGGCCCAUGGAAUUAAAUGUGGUAAUUCAAAUAAUUCUAAUUUAUACCUUCAAGCAAAUGGAGGUCCUAGUAGUUCCAGUGGAACUAGUAACUGUUGUUAA